AACACGUGCAAAAUUUUAGUUCAAUAUUCAGUCCCAUAGGCCAUAACAAUUUACAUGAUUCAAAACACAUCCCAAAAGUUGCGAGUUCUACUAUAGAAAUAGAAAUGGUUUCCAAACCAACUAGCGCAUUUUACAUUUUCACUCUAAUAGUAAUAGGAAUGGGAAUAUAUAAAGUUUUGAGGGUAAACCGUAAAAACAUUAAGUUUGGUGCACAACUUUAAAUUCAAAUGAACCAAACGCAAAAUAUUUGCUCUUCGAAGUCAUCGUCAAAACUCAAAUGACACUCCGUGGCGCCGCCGUCGAAGCUUUUAAAUCCUCUGCUCUGAUUUCAUGGAGACCAACUGGUAAGUUGCAGCAGACGAUUGGUGGUUGUAUAGAAAAGACAGGGAGAACGCUUCAUUCCGGAAACCAAUCGACUGUCAGGAUUUGGCCUGAGCUCGCCGGAAAAGGGAGGUACUUCGAUUUUAGUUCCAAUUUAAUCCCCGCGUCAAUUGAUUUUGCUGAAGAAUCGCCGCUCUGUACUACGCUUCGUAAAGAUGGGCACACUGUUCGAACUGUCGAGCACUUGCUUUCGGCUUUGGAGGGAACAGGCGUCGAUAAUUGUCGAAUCGAGAUCGUGAACUCUGAUAAUGAUCCUUCAGCCGAAGUUCCUAUUUUCGAUGGAUCAGCAAGGGAAUGGGUGGAAGCUAUUGAGCAAGUUGGGGUUACAGUUGCUAUGGAUUCCAAUGGCAGAAAUUGUGAGAAACUAGCACCAUAUCUUACUCAACCUGUUCAUGUCUCAAAAGGAGAUUCUGUAAUAUCAGCAUUCCCUUCUAAGCAAAUUAGUAUCAGUUAUGGAAUCAAUUUUCCACAGGUACCAGAUCUAAGCCUCCAAUGGUUUUCUUCAGUCUUUUCCACCACCGAUGAUUCCUUCUAUUCUAAGCAAAUAGCUCCUUCAAGAACCUUCUGCAUUUAUGAAGAGGUGGAGAAGAUGCGGAGUGCAGGACUCAUCAAGGGUGGUUCUUUAGAGAAUGCUGUUGUUUUUAGUAGAAGUAAAGGGUUGAUGAAUCCAGGUUUGCGUUCACCUGAAGAGCCAUGCAGGCACAAGAUUUUAGAUCUUAUUGGCGAUGUUUCUCUUUUUGCUCGCAAUGGUAGUCAAGGCCUCCCUGUUGCAAAUAUCAUAGCUUAUAAGGGAGGACAUGCACUACAUGCCGAAUUUGUUCGUCAACUAUCUGGAUUCAGGAGUAGUUGGAGAUAAGACAGUUGAAUGAUAGAGAAUUGCUUGAUAUUUUUAGCUUUUAAGAAAAAGCUCAAUUUUUUUUUCUUUUGGAAGUAGUAGUUUUUAGCUUUUAAUUUAAACAAAAAAUUCAUAAUCAAAAAGUUAUUUCAAAUAGUGUUUAACAAAAAACUUCUACCUGAUUAUAAAAAUUUACAAGAUUAUCCAUAUAACUAUCAAAUAACUUAUAUCAUUGUUGUAGUAAGAUAGAUUUUGUACUCAAUUGAUUAAUUUCUAGUAAGGAACAACCUGUCUAGCUCGUUCACCAUAAUCAUAUACUUUCUUUGCCAGUUUGCCACAUUUAUAUGUGUAAAUUAAAGAGAAGAGCACAAAUAACUUUUGUAUAUAUUAUG